ACAUUUACAGUUAUAGGUUAUGAGUUCUCAAUUUGAUGAUGAUUUUGUAUCAUCUGAAAUUUACCCGCCCACUGUAAGUCAUAUAGUAUUUAUAUCGAUGUUCGGUGUAAAGCACGAGUAAAAGGCGUCACAAAGAAAAGAAAAGGAAGCUGUCAGCAACAAUUUAUUUGGUUCUACAAAACCUUUCUCGGUCUACAAGAAGUCACUCGAAGAAGCUGUUAAAGAAAUAAGAAAUGAUUUGGUAAAAGAAGAAGGGCUAAAAUGGCCAAUUUCCGAUUCCCGAAAGACGAAACAAACCGGUGCUAAACUCAACGUGUCGUUUUGCUACGGUCCAGUAGAGUUUGAGGACGCUCCCUUCAUUAAAAGCAGACAGUGCUUUCUGAGGUGUCCCCAUCGUGCCCCAAAGAACAGGAAACCUGCUACAAAUGAUAAAGGAAAACAACGCAUUAGAAAGCUGAAAAUUAAAAGUACAAACUGUGAAGCAGAGAUACGUCUUUAUGAAUACAAAGUGUUUACAGUUAACCGGGUUCCUGAAGGAGCUAGCAGGACAGAGAGAGCGGAUGCAAUAGCAGCAGUGAGAGAAAGUGCUGAAGACACGUCCGCAUUUGAGCUUCACACUCUGGCUUACCAAAUCUGCAGAAACCACAACCACAAAAUUGUUCCUCAACGAAACGCUGUAUCAUCUGAAGACAUGGAGUUCCUCACUAAGAUGAACUCCAUAGGAGUUGUAGGAGACUCCACCCUGACUGCUCAGAUGAAUUACCAAGCGCAGCUAGGAGGAACACACUCCUGCAUCUCCUCGUUUGAUGUUCAAACGGUUGCCAACAAACGACGGAAGCUCCAAGACAGGAAAUCUGGAUUGGAUGGAGAUAUGAAACGGUUAGAAGAACUUGUCGCUGAAGAAAGAGACAAAAGCAAAGAAAGCUUAAUCUUCGUUCGGUAUCCGACCGAGGAGAAUAGUGAAUUUGGCUUUUUGUAUCAAAGUGGUGCGUCCUUUGUGCUAAACAUCGUUACUGACCAUUCAACAACUAUUUUUUAUGUUUUUAUUCUUCUGAUUCUUGCAUAUAUGCAAUUGUUUUCGGAAAACUUAAUGCCUAUUUCAGCAUUUAUGAAGCACUUACUGUCCGUGUAUGGAAAUAUGACAGUUUAUUUGGACGCAACACAUAAUGUGUGUGACUUUGCAGAUAUAUCGCUGUUUAUUUUGGCUGUCAGAACCAACUGCGGGUUUCAGCCAGUGGCUGUGUGGCUCUCCAGUAGAGAGGAAGGUAUUAGCAUAACAGAGUACUUGCAAAUGCUGAAAGAUGCCAACCCAAAUUGGUCACCACGAUUCGCCAUGUGCGACAAUUGUGGAGCGGAAUUCAAUGGUUUUUUGAGUGUGUUUCCAGCAAACUCGAGUAAAAACUAUGGAGGAGUGAAGUGUCUCAUUUGUACCUUCCAUUUACUCCAGGCUUGGAGAAAGUGGAUUUAUAAGAGUGACAACAACGUUCACCCUAAUCAGCGAGAAGCAGAUCUCGACCUACUUCGAGAUAUCCUGUAUGCCAAAGAUUGGUUAGAAAUACAAAGAAAGGUCGAUGAGCUGAAGAAUAAAGCAUCACCACAAGUAAAGCGGUACUACAUGUCAAACUACGAUCCUAUAAUAGAAAGAUGGGCAUUGUGCUAUCGGACGAAGAGGAUCGACAAAAGCAAUACUAACAACGGUGUUGAAAUAAUGAAUAAGGUCUUCAAGUACAGCAGCGAAAAAAAGAGAGGAAAAGUGAUCCCAGUGCCAGAAAUGAUAACGCUUCUUCUGCGAGACUUUCUGAGGAAGAAAGAAGCCUCGUAUAGAGAGGAGAACUUCUCCAAUGACGAGAAGAUGAAGGAGCCAAUGAGUAACAUACCCUGUUACAUGGUGGAGGCACCAAAACUUCUAUGGAAUUGGUGGAAGAAGGAGAGAAAACUUCGUCUGAAAUAUGAUGAGGAAGGUAAACGGUCGAGCAAAGUAUGCAAGGUUGUUGACGGAGUUUUCCUUGUGAGCUCCUCUCACCGGUCUGAACCCCACAAACUAAACAUCAGAGGACCAACUUGUACCUGCAGAAAUUUCUGCAGGACUCACUUCCCCUGCAGACAUAUGUUUCAAGCUAUAGAUGAUGGUUUGAUGGUAUGGGAGGACCUGCCUGAGGAUUACAGAAACAUACCGUUCUUCAUAAAAGAUAAAGGAAGUGAUAUUGGGAUAUGGCCAGCUGAUGUAAACAAAUGUUGUGAUUAUCCAGCAUCAGAAGAUGAAGAUGAAGAAGAAGAAGAAGAUGAAGAGGUUGGAGAAAAUAGGAAUGCGAGAAAGAAGAAACGGGAUAUAGACUAUAAAGGAGAUUGGCGGGAAGUUACAAACAGAUUUAUUUCAUUCGUUAAUGAUCCCGGGUUUGACGUGAUGGACGAUGAUGUCCGUACAUUAUUUUUAAAGAAACUUACAGAUACCGCCAAUGAUAUGGCACCCUAUGUUUACAAAAGAAACUAAUACAGAUAUUAUAAAUAACAUACGUCUGAUAAUAUAUAAUCAGCAAUCAUUUAUAGAUAUUAGAUAUUAAGCCAACCGUGUAAUGAUAUUCUACCGCACUAAAGGUAAGCUUUAUAUCUCAGUAUUUUAAAUCUCCUUCUCGGUAUUUAAUCUUCGUCUCCAUUUCUGAUUAGUGUUCAUUCUCUGUCUCAGUGUUCAUUCUUUGGCUCUCUAAUUAAUCUCUUUCUCACUGUUCAUUCUUUGUCUCAUUGUUCACUGUUUCACUGUUCAUCCUCCGUCUUAGCGUUAAUUCUCUGUCUCACUGUCCAUUCACUGUUUCACUGUUCAUCCUCAGCGUUAAUUCUCUGUCUCACUGUCCAUUCACUGUUUCACUGUUCUUUCUCAGAAUUAAUUCUCUGUCUCACUGUAUAUUCUCUGUUUUACUGUUCUUCCUCAGCGUUAAUUCUCUGUCUCACUGUAUAUUCUCUGUUUUACUGUUCUUCCUCAGCGUUAAUUCUCUGUCUCACUGUAUAUUCUCUGUUUCACUGUUCAUCCUCAGCGUUAAUUCUCUGUCUCACUGUACAUUCUCUGUUUCACUGUUCAUCCUCCGUCUUAGUAUUAAUUCUCUGUCUCAGUGUUCAUUCUCUGUCCUGCUGUUUAAUCUUCGUCUUACUUUUCAAUUUCUUUCUAAGUGUUACUGUGAGAAGAAAAGAAAGCCGUAUGAUAUUGUUGUUAAAAGCUUGUCCCCUUCAAUUAAAAUGAUAUUUCGACAUAUAGAAAACGAUGUAAUGGAACAUUAGAUUUUGUUAC